CUUUAAAUAUCGAAUAAAUUUAAAUAUGAAUAUUGUAGAAAAUAGAAUUUGUAUUUGGUUUAAGGUUGUACUAAAGUCAUAUAGUUGCAUCCAAUCAACCUCCCACCUUGUCAUCAUUCAUAGAAGCAGAAAAUACAAACAAAACGAUUAAGAGGAGGCUGCAAAAUUUCAAGAAGAAAUAGGAUGCUUCCAAAAAAAUUAUGGACCAAGAAACUUACUCAAGAAGCAUACAACAACUAUGCUGCCAGGAUGGACUACAGGAAUGUUAAACACAUGAGGAGACGCUCUACAGGCCGAUGUAGGUUCGGUAAGACCCAGAAAUACUUUGACGUUCCUAACUACAGGACAAACAGCAAACUUAACAGAAUUGCACGCGAAAGCAUCGCUACAAAUCUGAAAACCCUUGACGAAGGAGCACUAGAAGGGAGUCCCUCUCCCACUCAUUACAGCAUCAACAGACUUUUCGACAAGAAAGUAGACUUCAACAGAAAAAUCAAACAGAAAAUCGAGAAAUCGAAGAAGAAGCUGAGUGAGCUAUGGAACAUGAACAAGCGAGUGUUGUCACAGACAAAGCACAUGAACUACAAAGAUCUCCCUGGGCCAGGAUAUUACUAUUCUAACGAAAACAGCACCACCAACAAAAGCCGCAGCCUGAGGACAAGCCAGAAUCUUGAAAGAAGAGACAACCAUGUGUCAUUCUCGUUUGCGAAACAGCCCAGGAAUAUUUUGCCUGAGCGGAAGUCCAACAAGUCUUUUCUCCAGAACGACCCGUACUUCCCAUGACAUGCGAAUUACAGAUUUUGCUGCGAGAAGCAGCAGAAGAUCAGCAGCCAUAUUUUGUAUUUUGGAAUUAUCAGGAAGAGAGCGAAGACUUCGAUGCACAAACAAAAAUAAUAUUUUCAACCAACACGAG